CCGUCUACCAAGAUGGAGGGAGCGCCGCUGUCCGCCCCUCUCCGCCUGCUGCUGCUGCUGCCGUUACUCCCGGCUCCCGGGCAGCUGCUGGCUGGCACUGCGGGGCCGCCGCCAGCUGCUUCGUUCACCCAGGACACUAUCAAAAUUAAUGUAACUACCCUGGAAGAUGAUGGGGAGCUCCAUGAGAAACAGGUUUUUCUUAAUAUUAUUUAUGAGAAUGGGCAGAUAUAUGUAAAUGACUUCUCCCUAAAGAGUGGAGUAACUCGAAUAAGGGGUGAGACCUUCAUAGUGGAAGAUGAAAAUUCAGAAAACCUGAAGGUCAAGGGAUAUUUUGGAACUGUCAGUAUACGGAUAUUAGUUCAUCAGUGGCCUCUGGCAUCUAGUUCCAAUGUGCAAAUGAUUGCCAUCCAAGAAGAGGUAGUAGAGAUUGAUGGGAAGCAAGCUGAACAAAAGGAUGUGACUGAAGUUGGUAUUUUAGUUAAGAACCAGAGAAUUCACAGACGUUCAAAUUAUACCAUUCCUUUGGAGGAAAGCAUACUGUAUUCUAUUCCCAGAGACAGUGAUGUUUUAUUUACACUUCCUAAUCUCUCAGGAAAAGAUAGCCCUAGUCCAUUGCAGACAACCAGUCAGUACCUUAUCAGGAAUGUGGAAACGACCAUAAAUGAAGACACACUGCCUGGCAAGUUACCAGAAACUCCACUGAGAGCAGAGCCUCCAUCUUCAUAUAAGGUAAUUUGUCAGUUGAUGGAGGAUUUCAGAAAAUAUAUGUGUAAAUUCUGGAUCAAUGUUUUCCCAGUACUUUUUAUGUUUAUGAAUAUCAUAGUGCUUGGAAUUAUAGGAGCGGCUAUAGUAAUAGCCAUCUUAAAGGUGCUUUUCCCUAAAUAUGAAUCCAAGGGAAUUCUUCACUUGGAUAAAGUGGGCUACCAUAGGUACUACCCUAUGGACUUCUUGGAGACUACAGAGAAAUCAAAGGAUAAUCUUGAAGAGAAGAUAUGUAUUUAACACCUCCUUACGUCAUUUUCCCAUUGUGGAAUUUGCUACUUGGUUCAUAAUUUCCAGUCAUUUAAUGAAAAAGUAUAAUUCAAAUAAGAAAUAAAAGUAUAUUGAAAAACCGUGCCAUAACUAAGCUUGGCCUUCUAAAAGAGAUUGAAGAAUGAGGAUAUAACAUUUGAAAUUACCUGACUGGUAAUGUCAUAUAUGACUUCCUAAAGAAUGGGAGAGUGGUAAAAUUAGCCAAAUUGAAAUAGAAAAAGCGAAGACUUGCAGUACCUAUGUUUUUAUACCAAAAAAGACUUUACGCCAGUAAUUCCAGAUGCCUUAUUAUUAAGAAAAUUACAUCUAAUUUUUUUAUUGUCAUGUAUGAGGUCUUACUUUAAGCACUUUAUGAAAAGCUAAACUUAAGAGAAGCCCCAGAAUUAAACACUUUUUUAAACUA